GUGGUUCAUGGGGUGCAGAGCUGUGGCAUGGGCAGCGGCACCAUCCCCACUUGGUGCAGGAACAAUUACAGACCAGCCACUAUCCGCGCCAUCAAUCUGCUUUUUGUUCGAGAGAUUGUGUCUGAUACAGUGUGGCUUCCCGUUUUGUGCUAGCAACCCGUGAAACACGUAUCUCUGACAUCGUUUUAUCAUCUCGUUUCUGUAGCUGAGUGGUAUAGUCGCCGCCGUUAUGGGUUUCUGGAGCAAUUUCUCCAGAAUCACGAGCAUAAACCGCGAUCACAACGACAGCAGCAGCAGCAGCAGCAUCAACAACAUUGACUGCAGCCAUGGCUGUGAUACUCGCGGCGCAGGUGGCGGCCUCGGUGUCAGCUUGCAGCACCACAGAAAGGCCUUAGAUCUCGCUAGCGUUCAGCAGAGCGUGGCCGCCGCGGGGUGGGCCGAGGGGCUCAAGAGCGUGGACUUGCGCGAUGGGAAGAAAUGGGCGGCGGAGGCGGCGGAGGCGGCGGAGGCGGCGCACGCUUGCGCUGCUGCCCCGCCGCCCGACGACACGCCGGCGUCGCAGAGAUUGGCGGAGGGCGGCGAGGCAGUGCUGUACUCCGCCACGGCGGACUUCCUGCCGCGCCAGCAGAUUGAAGACCUCGAUCGCGCUGCCGCUGCCAGCGCGCUCAUAUCUUGCGAUGCUGGCAACAACGGCCGCGAUCUGCGCCGGCUGUGGAGCCGAGGGCUUCUGGGUGGCUUGCUGGGCAUUGCGGCCUUGAGAGCACGCGGGUCGCGACAAGACUGCUGGACUACUGGCCGGUGCCAGAAAUGGCGACGAAGGGACCAACGGCCCGUGGAGAAAGCGCUCAACAUCAUCUCGUGCGCGCCGUUCUUCCUCGUCGGCCUCAACACUCCCAGGGCGAAGGAGUGUCCCAAGGCCCGUCUGUACAGCCAGUCAGUGAUGGGCAUUGGAGCCGCCGCCAUGGCGUACCAUGCAUCGUCGGGGCCCGUAUCGCGCCCCAUAUUGCACUGGCUCGACUGCACCAUGAUCGCCAUCUCCACUCUCUGCUUCUCGCGAGCAGCCCUGCCUGCAGACCAGCAUUCAGCGGCGCUCAUGGCAGUGUCUACAGCCAUGGUGCCUGUGCGCCCGUCCCUUGUCAUGGGGGUGCACUGGGGCCUGCUCGAGGCUAGUUUCUGGAGGAGGUCUCGCAGGGAGCCGUCGCUGGCGAGAGCGCACUCGCUGCAUGUGGCCACAGCCGUGACUGCCGGCGCCGCCAUGCUGGCAGACAAGACGGUGGCGCACCACCCCGCCUUGCAUGCGCUGUGGCAUGUGGUGGCGGCUGGCGUGCUGCACACUGCAAACGUGCUGCUCCUCACACCCUCUGCCUCAUCCUGAUGUCACAACCUCAAGAUUCAACAGAACAAUUGCAGCAAUUAUUCAUUCGAAGGGAUAAUUCACUAACGAUGUUUGAGUUUAAAAAUUUCACCACAGCAUUGCGUGUCGAUCCCAUGGAUGAGCUCGGGACGAAUUGUCGAGUGACCCGCUGGGGUUACCCUUGAGAAGAUCCUCGGGGAAGGGCCACAGGUGCAGAGCCUGGGGGGCGGUGGGCGUACUUAUCAAACAUAUUUGUGUAUGUUUAGUAGACUACAUAGGGUCUUGCCAUAGGGAGUACAACCCAUUAGCUAUGUACCCCUCUAUACUCUCAUUCUAGUCAUUCGUUCUAC